AUGGUUAAGUCCACGCUUGUUGUCCGGGCCUCAGACGCCCUUCCCCUCGCCGCCAGUGUGGAUGACGAGCAGACGGAAAUCGCCCUCUCGGAGCACAAGCAGCAAGCGAAGCUCAUCUUCCGCCGGAUAGGUCCUACCUCUGAACCCCGUUGCUCGAUUGAGAGCGGGCAGUACACACUGCACUACUACAUUGCAGAAAAUGUCAUCUACCUCGUGAUUGCCGAAAAGUCCUAUCCCCGCAAGCUCGCUUUCUCUUACCUCGAUGAGCUCUCGAAGGAGUUCCACACAUCAUAUGGCGCUAGGGUAGACGGUGUGCGGAAACCAUAUGCGUUCGUGGGCUUCGACACUUUCAUGUCGAAGACGACUCGCCUCUACCAAGACACGCGGACAGCAAGCGCUGCAGGCAGCUCGAGCAUGGACAAGCUCAACGACGAGCUACAGGACGUGACCCGGAUCAUGACCAAAAACAUGGAGGAGCUUCUGUGGCGAGGGGACUCACUUGACCGGAUGUCGCACCUGUCGACGUCGCUACGGUCCGAGUCGGAGAAGUACCGUCGGGCGGCUCGGAACAUUAACAUCAACGCGAUGAUUCGGCAGUAUGCGCCGAUUGGUGCAGUCGCCCUGCUGGUAAUUAUCUUCAUCUACUGGCGGUUCUCAUGA